AUGGACGAAGAAGAAGACGACUUUUAUGACCCUGUCGACACGGUGCCGACCACCGAGGUCGCGAACAAUGGUGCCAAUGUAGCCCCAGACCAAUCGCAGGAGAACGACGGCAUGGAAGAAGAGAUCGAGGUUGAGGAUGACGAUGACGAUGAUGAUGACUUCAAUAUCAUUACUGAGGCGCCCGCCGACGCGCCCCCUCCAGAGGCCUCUCAUCCACGCCAUGCGACCUUGCGACAAGAACCGCAGCGACCCUCCUCGGCCAACUCAUCUCUGACCUCGAAACCUGCGACGCCUUCUGCCACCCCUCGUCUAGAUGCCCCGACUCCCGUGUCCGCGCCCGCGACAACGGCCGCUGCGCAACCUACCGCGCCUCAAAAGCCUGGCUCUGCGUACCCGGCAAUUCACACCUCUACGAUCGACGUCAAUGGCAAUCCUGUUCACCCAGCCACGGGUAAGCCGAUCAUGGCCACCGAUAUGGAUGUCGACUUCCCUACAGACGACAAGCCCUGGCGCCGUCCGGGCUCUGAUAUCUCCGAUUACUUCAACUACGGGUUCGACGAGUUUACAUGGGUGAGCUACUGUCUGAAGCAGCAAGGGGUGCGAAAGGAGGUGGGAGACCAAAAGAAACAAAUGGACGAUAUGCAGUCUUUCUUGGGCAUUGGAAUGCCCCCCAUGCCUGGUGCGCCUCCAGGACCUGCUGCCGCAGCUAGUGCUCCACCGGCUAUGCCUGGUAUUCCAGGAAUGCCUGAUAUGAACCCUGAAAUGAUGCAGGGUAUGUUCCAGGCUAUGAUGAGCCAAGGAUUGGACCCGUCAACCAUGGACCCGAUGGCGUUCAUGCAGCAUGCACAAUCGAUGGUGGCAGGCCAGCCAGGUGGCCAGCAGUCACAGCCAGGGUUCGGAGGCCAAGGCCAAGGACAAGGAUAUGGUCAAGGAGGCCAGGGUCAGAUGGGAUAUGGAGGUUAUGACCAACGUGGAAAUUAUGGAGGACGGGGGCGAGGGCGAAGAUGGUAG